GAGGCGGGCGGUGAUUCCCUUUCUUCCGCGCGGGAACUUGGAGAGAGACGCGGGCCGGGUUUCGUCGGCGGGCCGAGCGAGGCGCUCCAGCCCUUUGUGUACAAACCACACCCACAACCAGCCUCCUGAACCGGCCCCUGCUUCUUCCCAUUUACUGCCGGCGGCCGGCUGGGUUUUCUUUUGCCCGGCCAGCAGGAGCUGCUAUAUUUGCUAACGAGAGCGGCGUCUCGGGUCGCGGCCGUUCCUUGGCAGCCGUUCUGCAUUCGCCCUGCCUGCCUGUCGCCAGUUAUGUUCAACUACGACGAGGCCACCGCCUUUCUGGGCGAAUGGGGCCCCUUCCAACGCCUCAUCUUCUUCCUGCUCAGCGCCAGCAUCAUCCCUAACGGUUACACGGGGCUGUCGGCUGUCUUCUUGGCCGCCACCCCAGAGCACUGGUGCCGGGUGCCCGCUAACGUCAACCUGAGCGCGGCGUGGCUCAACGCCAGCAUCCCCCUGGAGAAGCGCGGCGGGCGGCAGGUGCGGAGCCAGUGCAGCCGCUACAGUCUGGAGGCCCUGCUCAACUUCUCGGCCGGCAACCUGGAGCCCGGCCGCGAUGUCAAUCUCAGCCAGGUGGGGCAGGAGGAGUGCCUGGACGGCUGGGAGUUCAGUCGAGAGUAUUACGACAACACCAUUGUCACCGAGUGGAAACUUGUUUGUGACAAUGAUUGGAAAGCACCACUAACUGUCUCCUUAUUGUUCGUGGGUGUGCUGUUGGGAUCCUUUAUAUCUGGGCAGCUCUCAGACAGAUUUGGUCGGAAGAAUGUGCUGUUUGUAACAAUGGGGAUCCAGACUGCCUUUAGCUUUAUCCAGGUCUUCUCAACAAGCUGGGAGAUGUUUUCUGUUCUCUUUCUUAUUGUUGGAAUGGGUCAAAUAUCUAAUUAUGUGGCAGCGUUUGUUCUUGGUGCAGAAAUUCUUGGCAAAUCCAUCCGCAUUAUAUAUGGCACAUUAGGUGUCUGCAUAUUUUAUGCAUUUGGCUACAUGAUGCUGCCACUGGGUGCUUACUUCAUUCGAGACUGGCGAUUGCUGUUAAUGGCUCUUACUAUUCCUGGGCUGUUAUAUUUUCCAUUGUGGUGGUACAUUCCAGAAUCUCCUCGCUGGCUUCUCUCUCAAGGAAGGAUUCAAGAAGCAGAGGAUAUCAUUCGUAAAGCUGCAGAAAGGAACCAUGUUGUAGCCCCCGAAGUAAUAUUUGAUCUUGCUGAGCUGCAAGCAUUGAAUUCCCAAGUUCAGCAGUCCUGCAGCAUUUUGGACCUAGUGAGAACCCAAAAUAUACGAACAAUCACUAUCAUGUCUGUGAUUCUAUGGAUGGUGAUUUCCAUAGGCUACUUUGGCCUCUCUCUGGAUACCCCUAACUUGCAUGGAGACAUCUACCUCAAUUGUUUCCUUUCAGCAGUAAUUGAAGUCCCAGCUUAUACUAUCUCUUGGCUGCUCCUUCAGCAUCUGCCCCGGCGUUAUUCAAUGGCAGGAGUCUUGUUCUUAGGAGGCUGUGUUCUUCUUUUCAUUCAGUUCGUGCCUGCACACCUCAGUGUUCUGUCCCUCAUCCUCGUGAUGAUUGGAAAAUUUGGGAUCACAGCCUCCUUCUCAAUGGUUUAUGUGUACACUGCUGAGCUGUACCCAACUAUUGUGAGAAACAUGGGAGUUGGAGCUAGUUCAAUGGCCUCCAGAAUUGGCAGCAUUCUCUCGCCUUAUUUUGUAUAUCUUGGUGCCUAUGAUAGAUUUCUUCCCUACAUCUUAAUGGGAAGUUUAACUGUGCUUGCAGGAAUCCUGACCCUGUUUCUCCCAGAAAGUUAUGGCACUCCUCUCCCGGACACUAUUGAACAGAUGCUAAGAGUUAAAGGAAUUAAAAAUAUAAAAGCACUGAAACAUCAAAAUAGAACAAAGCAUACAGAAGAGAAUUCAGUUAUUCUAAAGACCACAACAUGCUGAUGAAACUGCAUUGCUCACAGUAUUAUACCUUGAACAUUUCCUUUAAUUUGCUUCCAGAAAAGACUAACCACUUUUUUCCUAAGAUGGUAAAUAUAUUUAUUAAAAAUACAUUCAUUUUGAGAAUGUAGAUACAAUCUAUCCCAGUAUGGGAUUUUUGCCAGCAACUGCUUCAUGGAACAGUGUUGAAUAUGGAAUUUUGUUCACUUUUAGGACACAUUAACAACUAUCCUUUUUGUGAGACUGCAUUUUUAAAAGAUGCUUCAAGGUGCAAGUUAAAUGUCUUAAUAUCACUUUUUCCACACAUAGUGGCCAAAAAUUAAAUAGGUAAGAGAGAUAUUGUCACUCCAGUUUGAGAUUUUGCACCUCUUUUCUUGAGAGAAAAAAUAAGCUUGAAAUGAUACAGAAAAACUGGCAGAGUAGACCUUAAAAUAAUUAUGCAAAUGACUGAAUGCAAUAAAAGGAAAAGAAAUUGAAACUGAUUCUUUUUUAUGAACACAUUUGACCUAGAAAUGGAAAAACAAAUGUUCUAAUGCAAAACACUGGCAAGUUAGUUUUGUUUGCAGAAUUAAUUUCUUUACUGCAGAUUUAAAUGAUAUCUUUAUGCAGUUGUUUACAUCUGGGAAUAAUGUUUUGCCUUAUUUAGACAUGUUUAUUUUUUAUCAAAAAAUUGCAUUUUUAACUCUUUCAUUUUACUGUUUAUUGAAUUUCCUCUGAUGCUAAAAAACUGGAAACACAUGCUCAUCUGUAUUUCCAAAUUUUUUAGUUUUGUCCUGUUUCUGCGUAAAAUAGAUGAUACAGGUAUGUAAUAAAGAUAUUUUAUAAUGCAGAAUGUGUUAAUUUAAUGGGAAUAUACCAAUCUGGGUCUUUCAAUUUACCUAACUGUUGCUCUUGGAAUAAGCAGAGAACUAUUUAAAAUGAGUAUCAUGGCAUUUAUAAACAAGGUUGUUGAUCAUACGGUUAGAACAAAUCUACACAAAAAUGUUAACCAUAGAUCCCGGGAACUAUAAAUCGCAUCUAUAUGUUUUUCUUUUAAAUCAGGACUCUGAUUUGCAUAUUAUAUUAUUAAAAAAUUAAAUGAUUUUUAUAAUGCAUAGUGCAAUGAAUUUUACACAGAUUAAUAAAUCUGAUGUAAUAUCAAGCUGUACUUCUGCUGUGAUAAUUUGUUGGUUGCUUUAAAACUCUAGCAAAAGUGACACAUAAAUAUAUUGAAAUAUAUCAACACUUUUGCUUCUGGUAGAUACAGAGGAUAUAAAUACUUCAAAUAAACGUAUGGAAGCAAUGUAGAUUGUCCGUACUCGAAUUGCUACACCCAAUUCCUUGAACUCACUGUUUUCCCAGUAAGAAUAUGCAUAGCAUCUUAUCAUGGCAGUAACUAUUGUGUUAAUGUUAAAGGUAUCUCCUAGAUGAUGUAGCACCAUGCAGAGCAUGCUAGAACUACUUGCUUGAUCUGACCUGUUUUGAAAACCUCGUAAUGAAAUCUUGCUCAGCGAUACAUGAUAGGUUUUCAGCGUUAGUAUUCUAAAAGCCUUUCUUACCUUAGUUUUCCUCAAGAGACUAUUGGAUUUCAUCUCUUCAACAAGUAUCCUGCAAUGUUUCUUUGAAAACCAGGUUGUCAGCCUUGCAGCUUGGCAGACUACUAACAGAGUCAAUAAAGUUUAUAAAGAAAAUAAUAGCGUACUCUUUUAAAAAGAUAACAGAAUAUAAACGAACCUCUUGACAGAUUCAUGUGCCUAAAAAUAUUCCCAGGUCUGUGGCCUUUGUAUGUGAACUUGCAUUUUAUCAGAUGUUUUUUCACCAAAUCCUGAAUAGUAAUUUUGAAAUGGUUUAUUUAUAAAAUAUUUUAAUAUUGGGAUGUCACAUUGAUUCAAAAUAAAAAUGAAUUUAUUUCUUGGAAAAA